CCCAUCUGUCUUUUCACCCCCAAAUCCAAUCCCUGCUAUCCCCUCUUCAGUCUAUCAUGAAUGCUGCUGCCAGACUCAUCCACCUUACAACUGUUCUGUAUCUGCCACCCCUCUCUGCCAAUCCCUCCACUGGCCUCCACUCAGUGUCCUCCAUCCCUCUCUCAUCCCUCCACUGACGUCCACUCAGUGUCCUCCAUCCCUCUCUGCCAAUCCCUCCACUGACCUCCACUCACUGUCCUCCACCCCUCUCUGCCAAUCCCUCCACUGACCUCCACUCAGUGUCCUCCAUCCCUCUCUGCCAAUCCCUCCACUGACGUCCACUCA